GAAAGGGAAAAGGAAGCGAAGGGAAGGCGGGGAGAGCCCCCGGGCGGUGUGGCGAGCGCUGAGGGCCGGCGGAGCUGCGGGCGCUCCCGGCCGGUGCAAAGCGGCGGAGGGCGAGCCUUGGCCCGCGGGCUCCUGCGGCCUCUGCUCCUGGGUUCCUCCAAAUCCAUGGAGGCCGUGAAUGUUCCACUGGGGCCGUGAAUGUUCCAUUGGGGCUGUGGAUGUGCGAACAUCCACACGAGGUGUUUGGGGCAGCCGAUGGGGUUUCCACCAGAGUGGGCAAAGCAAGCGCUUCUCUGUGAACUGAGACCUCUGUGAAACCCAGAGCCUGAGGAAAAACCCGCGUUGUCUUAGGAAAGCACUGCUCUAUUUUGCAGUGAAAAUAAGCAGGGAAGCAGAGGUGCUCGGGGCUGGAUGCAGAGCAGUGCUGGAUCCCAUGUACUGCCCUGCUUAUCUGUCACACACACCAGUGCAAUUCCUCACCCAGGGAAUUAUUGCAUAAUUAUUGCAUAAUAAUGUGGUUUUCUUCACAUGGUGCCUUCACACUGACAGGAGAAUGGUUGGGGAGGCAGCUUGUGCUUAACUGGAAAGAAGCAUUAUUUCAGAAUAAGCAUUCAGGGGAGAAGGGAGCAGGAAAUCCUGCCAGGAACCUGUGUCAUUUCCCCUGACUGUGAGCUCUUUAGGCCUGUAUGUUUUAAAUAAUAAUAAAUUAUUUCCUGAAUGUUUUAGGAAAUACAGCCUUAAUAUCACUGUAGUAUAAGCAAUUUUCUUGGAUAUUUUAGGAAAUACAGCUUUAAUAUCAGCUUAAUAAGUUAUUUCCUGAAUGUUUUAGGAAAUAAAACAUUAAUAUAAGCUAUUUCCCAAAUAUUUAGGAAAUACAGACUUAAUAUAACCUUAGCAAGGCCUAUAUAUAACCUUACCCUUUUCCUUUAAUGAGGUUCAUAUUUGCUCAUUUCUGCACGAAGGCAUUGAGAGUGGAUUGAGUUGUGUUAGCAAGCCAAUGUGAGGGAAAUGUGAUUUUUGUUACACAGGGGAGCCUUCAGCGCUCGCUUUUCCCCCUUUCUGUGUGCUGGAGGUGCUGUUAAUCCCGGAUUUUAAAGGCAGUAGUUGGGGGUGUAAAAGCUUCAGCUUGUUUUGCCAGCUGAGAGGGAGGAGGAGAGGGAAGGCGCCGGGGUUUUCUGUGUUUCAGGCUGGCUGGUGCUGCUGCAGUGAAAUGAGUCAUCGUCCUCAGCCACCAGCACCACACAGCAGCCACUGUGCGCUUUUGGCAACGGCCAGCAAAAGUUUGCAGGGCACAAUUCUUUCCAAUCAACUGCUGCUAAUUCCUUCUGCGUUCAGAAAAACAAGUGGGAUGACCUUUCCAUGUUAAAACUGUUAAUGAUGGAUGCAGCUGGAUGGGAGCACAUGGAAAAAUCAGAAUUUGUUUUUUUCUUCCCCUCCCCUAUCCUGCAGUGAUGUCUAAGAACCAAACAAAAACUUCCUGGUCUUCCCCUCCAUCAAACUAAGCAAAGUAAUGGCUGUUUUGGAAAUCCUAAACAUUUUGUAAUAGUUCAUGGUUAGGGUUGCUAAUUGAAUGUAAGAAAUUUCAUAUAGACAUUGGGUAUUUUUAACAGUCAUUAGGCAGAUGGUGUCUCAUUGCUGAAAGGACUGUAAUUAGGUACAAUACCAAAGAGAGUCUGUAACCUCCUUUCCUGUUGUGCUGGAUCAUUUCUUGCUGAGAUAAAUUCAAUAUAGGAUGGAUCUGUAAGAGCAGGUUCUGUAAACUAUGAACUAUUUAAAAAAAACAUAUGAGAGGUGAAGCAGAAAUAAGACCAGUGACUAAACAUUUUGUAGGAGCAUUUAACAAUUGUGCCUGGAGGCCAAAGAGGGGAAAAAAAGGGUUCUCUAAAAUCAGCUUUUAAUGUCUUCUUCAUUGUUCUCUUGUCCUCCCACUCUCAGAAAUAGUGAAAUUAGUGGUGCUCCAUUUCUGAAGGAAAAUUCUUUGCUUCUGCAGCAUCUUUCUGUUUUGAGAUUUCCCUGCAGAACCCUUCAGGAUAAGAGAACCCUUCCACCUUUUACAUUUUCAACUCUGGAUUAUUUUUUAAGAAGAUCUUAAUUGCAGAGUAGAGAGUGAGGAAGAGGAUGACAAUGAAAUGGAAGUGGAAGACCAAGAUAGUAAAGAAGCUGAGAAGCCAAACAUCAUUAAUUUUGAUACCAGUUUGCCCACAUCACAUAUGUACCUGGGCUCGGACAUGGAGGAGUUCCACGGGAGGACAGUGCACGAUGACGACAGCUGCCAGGUGAUCCCCGUGCUGCCCCGGGUGAUGGUGAUGCUGAUCCCCGGGCAGACGCUGCCGCUGCAGCUCUUCCGCCCCCAAGAGGUUAGCAUGGUGCGGAAUUUAAUUCAGAAAGACAGAACCUUUGCUGUCCUUGCAUACAGUAAUGCACAUGAGAGGGAAGCACAUUUUGGAACGACAGCAGAAAUCUAUGCCUACAGAGAAGAGCAGGAGUAUGGAGUUGAAACUGUCAAGGUGAAAGCAAUAGGAAGACAGAGGUUCAAGGUGCUUGAAAUACGAACACAGUCAGAUGGAAUCCAGCAGGCUAAAGUACAAAUCCUGCCUGAGCGAGUGCUGCCUCCCACCAUGUCAGCAGUGCAGCUGCAGUCUCUCAGCAGGUGCCACGUGAUUCCCUCUUCCAAACCCACUUCCUGGCAGGACAGAGCCAUCCGCCAGUGGUGGCAGAAGUACCAAAAGAGGAAGUUCCACUGUGCAAGUUUGACAUCUUGGCCCCCCUGGCUCUACUCCCUCUAUGAUGCUGAAACCUUGAUGGAAAGAGUCAAGAGGCAGCUCCAUGAGUGGGAUGAAAACCUUAAAGACGAAUCUCUUCCAUCAAACCCAAUAGAUUUUUCUUACAGAGUUGCUGCCUGCCUGCCCAUUGAUGAUGCUUUACGUAUCCAGUUGCUCCAAAUAGGUAGUGCUGUGCAGAGGCUCCGCUGUGAGUUAGAUAUCAUGAACAAAUGCACAUCUCUCUGUUGUAAGCAAUGCCAAGACACAGAAAUAACUACCAAGAAUGAAAUAUUCAGCUUAUCCUUGUGUGGGCCCAUGGCAGCCUAUGUGAAUCCCCACGGAUACAUCCAUGAAACCCUCACUGUAUAUAAAGCCUGCAACCUGAGUCUCAGUGGACGGCCCUCCACAGAGCACAGCUGGUUCCCUGGGUACGCCUGGACCAUCGCCCAGUGCAGGAUCUGUGGGAGCCACAUGGGCUGGAAGUUCACGGCCACCAGGAAGGAGCUGUCCCCUCCCAAGUUCUGGGGGCUGACGCGCUCGGCGCUGCUGCCGCGCAUUCCCGAGGGGGACGGGGAGGACUCGGAGCGCGGCCGCUCGCCGCUGCUGUGCCUGUGACAGCCCCAGUGCACCUGCUCUGUGCUGCUUCCCUGCUUCCUCAGCCCAGGAGCCCCGGGAAGCACGUCCCAUCCCCAGGGAACCAGGCUCACCCAGCUCCCCGUGCUGUUCCUGGAGAGGGGGUGCCAGGAGACACCAGGAGUGAAGGUCCACGUGGGACACCAGGAAAUCUCUGAUCCACGUGGGCACACUUGAGACUGGACUUGUCUAAUUCCCACUUGCAGUGAAGGAAGGGGGAUGGAAACUAAAAUCCAACUAAAAUCCCAAUAAGCAGAGUCUGAUUUAUGCAAUAUUCCCGGGAUGGUAGAUAGCAGUUACUGCUGUGGAGAGUUUGCCGUAACACACUUACACGUGGUUUGCUGAGAAUCCCUGUUUCUAACUCUGAGGUCCUUCAGGUUUGCUACUUGUGCUGCUUCUCAGCUUUUUGCUGAAUAACCAUGGAAGAGAGAAGCAGCCUGAGAGUUUUGGAGUGCUGGAAUGUGCAAAAGCUGGAAUUGCAGCUGCCUCCCAGGAUGGAGCCCGUGGGGAAGCGUCUGUUCCUUACAAGUUGUCUCAUCUGUUUUAGUCCAUUUGAUUUUAGAAGUCUUAAAUUUUAAACUGUUGGUAAGAAGUGCACAGGUCAGUCCCAGAGAGUAAACAGCAUUGUCAUGUUCAGUGUGCUUCAAUUACUUCCCAAUACUAUUGCUGGUAGUGGAAUUCUUUAGUAGUGGAAAUGUCCAUGGGGUUUGGGAAGGACUCUAAAACACCCCACUGAGGUGAUUUUUAAGUAGUACUUGUGACAAAGGGAAGGAAAAACCUCUUUUAGUUACUUUGUUUUCACUUUCAGAUCAUAAAGUAACAUUUCACAUUAUCACCUUAUAAAGAGCAAAAGUUUCCAAAUAAAACAGAAAUAAAGGCAGUGCUUUUUUGAGGGGAGGUUUCUUGGUAGAUUUUUUGUUUGCUUUGCUUUUUAUUUUGUCUGUGCUCCACAAACUGGGUGCCAAACUGGGGCCGCUUUUGCCACUGAUAUAUUGGGUUUUUUCCUCUCAGAAUGCACUUUGGUGAUGGCAGUGGAGAUAUUUUCAGUGCUUGUGCACAUAAACACUUGUUUUUCUUGUGAAGCUUUUAUCAUUCACUCCUAAUUCCUUCACAGUGAUGUAAAACUAGUCAAAUUUAAGACAUGAGCCACUGGUUGCUUGUUCUCUGUCAGGCUCCAGGCAGGUGUAGCAAGGACAGAUCACAAGCCUGGCACACCAGGAGCUGAUUCCCAUGGCACAAAAACACCCAAACCAUGGACUUGCUGCUGGGUAUUUGUCAUGCCAGGUAUGUAGAGAUUAAUUGUGUAACUCAGGUUUAGUUCUUUGAAACUUUCUACCUCUGUGCUGCUUCUGUUCUUCUUAGACACCUUUAAUUCCAUGUGCAGUGCCCUGACUUGGCAGUGAAAAGUAGAAUUUGGGAUGUGGCUCUGAGCAACCAGAAGGGUGAUGAUGGCUCAUUUUCAACAGAAAAUUUCUCAUUUUUCAACAGAAAACAUUCUGGAUAAUAAUUCAUUGUAAGCUUGGAAAGCCAAGCACUGGUGUGAGAGGGAGACUGGGAAUGCUCUGUGUUGGUGAAUCCUCUGGAAGCAGGCCUGGCUUUCCCUCACCCCUGCACACACAACACAUCUGGGCUGUACAUUUGGGUUAUUUUGUUGUUUAUCCCCUCAAAGCCCCUCCUGUCUGUUGUUCCUGUGUCCCUCAGUGGGUGCCUUGGGAUGAGCAUUCACUGGGGGCUGGGGAAGGGGAAUUUCAAAAGGAUUUUCUCAGCUGUCACUGAACUUCUAAAGGUUCAGUUCUUUGGGGUUUUGGCCGAGUCUUUUGGAUUCUCAGUUAAAAAUGGCAAUGUUGGAAUCCAGAAUAAGUGUAUAUUUGGUGUUUUGUGUAUAUAGUCAAAUGUAAGCUAAUAUAAUUGAGGUAAGUCAGGAGUAAAUUAAUACUAAUUAAAUUAUAUUGAUGAUGCUGUUCCAUGUGCUUAACCUGUGCAGUGUUUGCUAGAUUGGAGUCCAUGACACUUCCCAGGAUGAAUCCUGUGGUGGUGAAUCCCAUCCUUACUGGGAGGUAUCAGAAUAUCAGUGCUCCAGGGUGUGGAGUUGGGAAUGGUUUUCCUUACAUUGGUUCAUAUUUCCAUGCUUUCCUCUCUUUUGAAAACUAUUGGUGGGAAUUGGGGAAAAUUUGGAACAUCAGUAUGGAAAAAUAUGGACAGCAACUGCUUAGGAGAGCUAAUGCAGGGAAAACAGAUUUUAUAAAUAUUUACUACAUUUACCCCAUUGAUUGGCUGAGUAGCUUCCUGCAGGAAUUAAUGAAUCCAGGGGGCAGGACUGAGGGAUCACAGGAUUUACAGCACAGAUUUGCUCAUUUUCAAUCCAUCAUUGCAACAUCACCAACACACCAGUCAGAGCCUGUAACUUAACAAGUUUUCAAUUAUUUUAGUUUCAUUUUGACAAAUAGGUAGAACCACUUGCACACUGGAUCUGGAACAUUUCAGAUGCUCAUUUGUUUUUUAUUAAUGCUCUUUUUGGAUGUGCUGCAGUUCAUUUGUUCCUCUCUUUGUCACCUUUAGUUGCUCUGUGAACUGCUCCAGGGGUAGCCCAGUCUUUGCUUUAACUCUUCCUUCUCUCUGCCUUUUGGGACAACUUUUCUGACAAAUCUUGUGGCUUGCAAAUAUUUGCAAAGAAUAAAAUUCAAUUUGUUUCAAAACUCA